CUCUGGGAAGGCAGCUUCCCCAACCCAAGAUCACACUCCAACGGAACGAGAUACGGUGGAGGAAGGGGAGCAGUGGAGGCCACUGAGGUCACUGAGGUGGUCCAGCUACCCGUCCCAAUGAGACGAGCGCAGCAGAUACUGAAAUUUGGCUGCAACCACUCGGGAGAAUCCGACGAAGAAGACGAGGCUGUAGAGUAGAGUGCAGAGGGAUAAGAACUCCGGAACGUGCGGAACAACCCAAGCUGGACAGAGCAUUGAGUCAACAACCAGAAGGACAGAGAGAGAGUUCUCAGUUUCAUUUUUCAGUUAUUUUUUGUUUUUUUAUUAUUUUUGUUUGGUUUUAAUUGAGCAAUCAACGUUUUUUACGUAUUUGCGCUUUCGGUUGCCGCGGAUCGUUUACACUACGUUGCGCUUCUUACCGUGCCCGGACUAAGCAAACUUUCCUGAGCAGCUUCCUUUGCUAAUGACCGUGGCGCCAGCCAGCAGGACCGCGUGGUGUUAAACCGUUUUCUCUCGUCUUGCAAACUGGCCACACUUGUUUGAGGAAUUAAUUUGCGUGGCGAAUCCCGCACGGGCACGGCACGGAGGACAACAGCGCGGAAAGACUCAACCAUCAGCAUUGACAUUGGCUCGGCCGUACGAAAGCUCGUGUGUAAUCGCUUGACUCGACACGUGACAACGACCCCGUUAAAUGGUGAGCCGGCUUAGUUUUAAGACGAAGCUUAGCGUUUCGUUUUCGGGCCCAGUACUGAACGAUGAGCCACGUGGGGCCACCACAUAUGGACGCCAGGAAACUAGUGCUAGCGAGGACGAAAGGGGGCGUCUGAGUGAACUGUGAGAGAAGUGGUUGGAAGAGAGAUACAGAAGUGCUUCUUAAACUCAGUGUGGUGCUAAGAUAUGAACGAUUUCGGGAGAAGGGACUAGUGGAAGUGAUCUUUUGUGGGUAAAGGAAUAGAGAAGGUUCAAAGAAGAAGGAUUUCGCGUGGGGAAAGGAUCUUCGUUAUUGAGAGUGAAAGGAGUUGGGAAUUAUCGCGAAGCAUAAAGUAAUUAUAAUUUUAAUCACCCCUUUUCGAAAGAAUAUUAUGCCAAAGUGUUGGAAAAGAAAACCGACGGGCUAUGUUUGUGAUGCUGUCAGUUCGCACAACAGCCACCGUUCGUGAACGGCCAGCCGAGACGGUCAAGAAGGCAAUCAACAUAAACCAGCUCUUCAAGAACAUCAACAGCCGAAAGACGCCCAAGUGUCUGCGGCGGAAGCAACCGAAGAAAGCCUCCGGUUCCGACGCGACCUUGAACAACGCGAAAUCGCUUGACCGCCGUAACAGCAACGGCAAGGGCGCCAGCGAAAGUGACAGCAGCAGUAGCAGUAGCAGCAGCAGCAGUAGCAGUAGUAACAGCAGCGACCAGAAGAACCAACAGCGAGACAAGAACAGCUAUCAAAGGCACCGUCAACCGAAGCCAACCGAUAAACCGUUGAUCCAGAUCGUCACACCGACGGCCACGACUACGAUUGCGGGCCCAACCAGCACACAGCAUCCGUUGGGCCGGCUUGUGAAAAUUCCGGAAGAAGAUCCGCGAAAGCUCAGCACUACCGAGUCGGUGUCUUCGACGGAGAAGCAGGACAACCAGAGCGGUACGAACCAACCGAACCAACGGCCAGAACAGUGGCAACAGCAGCAACAAAACCAAACACAGCUAGAAUCACAAGAGGAGCAACAACCAAAGACCAAGUUUCUUCUGCCAGAGUUGAACAACUUCCGGAAACCACCGACUGUGCAGGUACCAGUGGCAACCAUUCUGAACGACCUUAGCCCCGUGCCUGCGCCAGCAAAAGUCACGAAUAAAAUCUCCAACUCGAACCCUAUGAGUCCUAUGAACCCCGCCGGGCUACAAAGUAACUCGCCGGACGUUAAGGCCAUGCGGUACUACAGAUUGUGGAUCUACACGUGCAACGCUGUGCUCUUGAUGGCGGUAAUUGUAUUCUGUGGCGUUGCGGGCAAAAUUCUACUCUCCGACUACAAGCGACUGCUGGUGAACGGGCUCAGCCUGACGCAACCGAGCUUCAUCUACGCGUACCUAGCGCUGCUGGUGCAAUCAGGUUUCUUACAACUGAUAGGGUGUCUUGGUGCCUUACGACUAUCGGAGAAAUUGUUAAACGCUUACUGGUUGCUUUUACUCGUAUUGUUAAUAGGGGACGCAAUGUUGGGCAUUUUUUGGAUGUUCAAAUUCGACAAGGUGAUGCAAGAGCUGCAGCCCAUGCUGAGAUCUCGUCUAGUCCAUGAAUAUGGAAAUUCAAUCGAAUUAACAGAUCUCUGGGAUCGGCUGCAAAACGAGGGACGAUGCUGUGGCGUAUCUGGACCACAAGAUUUUCCGAUGCACGUGAACCGAACCUACCCGGACUCGUGCUGCGCCGCGGACAUUGCCGAGCAGUUCAGCAUAUCGAGGAGGCCGCUCGCGUCCGCCGUCGUGUUCCGCAGCGACCUGGUGGACGACCUGGUGCUGGACGACGUGACGGCCGGUCGCAACUUUAGUGAUAUCAGCGACGCGUGGAGUCUCAUCACGGCGCCGAGUAGCACGAGCAGCGUUAGCAGCAGCAUUAGUAGCAGUAGUGCUGGUAGUACCAGCAGCGCCCUCGGAGGAGCGGGGAGUAGUAGCCUAAGUUCCGGUAUCAGUAAUAGCGUUAGUGGUAGCGGUAACAGUGGAGGGCUGAGGAGUAGCAGCGCCAGUGUCAGCAGCAGCAGCACGGUCAGCGGGGGUGACAGCGGAAACGUCAGGACGGUCACCACGUGUCGGGCGGUGUACCCACAGGGUUGCGCCGACCGGAUCGCGUCCUGGCUGCGCCACACCGCGGACAUUCUGUUCGUGCUGGGCUACUGCGUGAUCGCGUUCCUGAAGCUGAGCUUCCUCGGCAUCCUGCGGUACGAGAUCAAGGAGAUGAUCCAGAAGAUCAAGCUGCUGCAAACCGAAAUGGCCGGCUCGAUCCUGAACGGCGUCGAGUGCGACCAGUCCCAGAUGCAGCAGUUUACCUUGUUGCAGCAAGUGACGAGCACGUCCGUCAACGGUGGAAUCCACGCGGAACCCAAGGUCGGCAACCGGGACCGCGAACGGACGCGGAUAGAGGCCGCCGAAAGUGAGCGGGAAUCGCUGCUGAACACCACCCAGCAGGACGCCACCCCGAAGGUCCUGAAGCACAAACAGCUGUACACGUGCAUCAACGAGCAGCAGCAUCCUUGCGGGGGUGGGGGAACGGGGAGUGGUGGGCUGGGGGUGGGGGCGGCAGGGGGCUGCGAGUCGGACACCAACUCGAACUGUGCCCUGCUGGUGGAGGAAAGCAACGCGGCGAUGAUGGCUUCCAGCGGGGCGGGGGCGGCGACCAAGACAAUAAACGGCAACAACAACUACGAACUGAGCGAGUUCGACGACAAGGCGCACACCUACAGGCUCCUCAACGCACCGACGGUGACCCGGAUCUGACUACGGUAUUAUCUCGAGCAACUUUUUGGCGAUCGCUGGCGGAAAGCGAGGCCAAACAGCGCCCCGCGGACCCGCUCCGAGGACCACCCUAGCGGGAGCGUUCCGGGUGGGGGAGGAGGAGGCGGCGGAAGUAGCUACACCUGCCAACAACAACAACAACAACAACAGCUACAGCAGCCACCGCCGCAGCAGCAACAGCAGCAAAAGUUACCGCAGCAACGACAUGUUCUGCAGCACCAGGACAGUGUGUGUAGUAGUGGGCGUGAAGGGGGAA